AUGUCAGGUGGGGUUGCACCCAUUGCCUUAACCAACGAAAAACCAUCCAUCGGCCGCCGGCGAGGCUUCUUCUCUUUCCAGCAACUCAACGCCCUUGCUCUCAUCAUCGUUCUCUCCGCCUCUGGCAUGGUGGCCUUCCAAGACUUCGCCUUUGUCCUCCUCUCCUUCUUCUACAUGUUCUUUAUGUCCAAGGUUGCUUUCCCCACUCGCUCCUCCACCCCUGAACCACCAGUUUUCGGCAACAGCAGCCGCCUUCUUACCGUCUACGUCUCCGUCGGAGCCGUCAUCGGACUACUUCUUCCGGUGGCAUACAUAGUUCAUGGUGUUUUAGCAGGUGAUAAAGAGGGUAUCAAAGCAGCUGCACCCCAUGUUUUCCUGCUGGCGAGCCAGGUUUUCAUGGAAGGUGUGACGUUUUCCGGCGGGUUUUCUCUGCCGAUCAGGGUUUUCGUACCGGUGGUGUAUAAUUCGAUGAGGAUGUAUGCCAUCUUGGAGUGGGUGAAGGACGAGAUAACGAAAGCAAACAAAGAGCACCAUGGGAGCAGCAGAAGAUUGCAGGUGGGAAGGAGUCUUGCGAUGGCUAAUAUGGUUUUCUGGAGCUUCAAUCUAUUUGGGUUUUUGCUGCCAUUUUAUCUGCCAAAGGCUUUCAAGAAAUAUUACGCUGCAGGCAAAGAUUCAUAG